AUGGUUAACUCCCUAGACAACGACGCUCUUGAGUUAGCACUGGGAAGACUCGACCUUGAGCCAAGUGACACCGCAGAGAUUAGGAAAUGGUUGAACUCUCCUGCUCUCGGUUCUUGCUUCUCCUCGUACGACUUCGUGUACGACCCCAUCGACAAUGAUAGGCUGGACGACAUCCUGAGCAAGCUCCUUGAACUGGACGCGGUUCCGCCUGCUGAGGCCCGAAACUUCGUCUCACUUUGGGCGGGGGCCAUAGUUACAAUGUCCCCCCCGCUCGAGGACGGCGAGGAAGAGGACCCAGUAGACUAUGCUCGCAACAUCUUCUCGGAAAUCUUCCAUGGCGGCCUUGUCCAUGGGGAGCGACUCCCGGUUACCUUGUGGCUAGCUACGGUCCUCGCCACCGCAUCAACCAAGAGGCGAUUCAGGCUGGCCCGAAGCACCAGGCUGGGUAAUGAGCGACUGCAAGGCGAGGCGUUAGUGGAAGCCCUUCUCCAGAAGGGGGAGCUGGUUGUGAAGGUAGACGCCACUGGUCAAACUCACGAAACCUUCAUGACACCGCACAGUGCUGAAGGACUGAGAACAGUGUGCAGGUGA